AUGGAUGCUGAACAGAAUCAGGAAGUUCCAGAGGCUGUUGCUGAGACACAGGAAGUGGCGAUGAAACGAGAGGAGAAAUCGGAGCCUAAGUCUAAAGAGGUGGCACCUUCAGAACCUCCAAAAGCAGCCCCUGAACCCGAGAAGACCCCAGAGACGGAGCAUUCUGCUGUGGGAUUGUCAGAAAAGGAGAAAGCGAUGGACUCUGAAACUCCUCCUGCCAAACCGUCUGAACCCGAGGUGGCGCUGGAAAAAUCUCCUGAGGAAACCCCAACUGCCGAGUCUUCUGAGAAACCCCCUGAGCCAGAACAGCAGAAGAAGUCUGAGGAGCCACAGGUUCAAGUGAAUUCUGAGCCUGAGAAGCAGGAGGAAGAAGCUGUGAAAGAGAUGGAGCCUAAGAAAGAGGAGGAGCCUGCCAAAGAGGCUGAGUCCAAACCCAUUGCUGUGAAUGAAGCCAAGCCCGAAGAAUCUGAUAAAGGUGAGGAGACAAAGACAGAAGGAGGAGAGGAUAAGGUACAACCAGAGGCUGAUGGAGUUGAAGCUAAGCCUCCGAAAGAGGCAGAGACCAAGCAGAAAGAGCCAGAGCUGCCUUUGUUCUUUGGCUGGUUCCUGCUUCCAGAGGAAGAGGAGCGAAUUAAGUGUGCAACCAUGGACUUUCUCAAGACGCUGGACACUUUGGAGGCCUUCAAAGAACACAUCAGUGAAUUUACUGGUGAGGCGGAGAAAGAAGUGGAUCUUGAGCAGUAUUUCCAGAACCCAUUGCAACUCCACUGCACUACAAAGUUCUGUGAUUAUGGGAAAGCAGAGGGGGCUAAAGAGUAUGCAGAGCUACAGGUGGUCAAGGAAUCCCUUGCCAAAUCUUAUGAGCUUUCCGUCACUGCUCUCAUAGUGACCCCUCGUACGUUUGGGGCCCGUGUGGCUUUGACAGAAACCCAGUUGAAGCUGUGGCCCGAGGGAGCAGACAAAGAAGGGGUCGCUCCGGCCCUCCUGCCCAGUGUAGAGGCUCUUCCAGCGGGUAGCCGUGCCCACGUCACAUUAGGCUGCUCGGCCGGCGUUGAGGAGGUUCAGACCGGUUUGGAUUUGCUGGAGAUCCUGGCUCUGCAGAAGGAGGGCAAGGAGGGCACCCAGGUCGAGAUGGACUUGGGUACUUUGACCUACCUGAGCGAGGGCCGCUGGUUCCUCGCCCUGAGGGAACCGAUUACCGCAGAUACCACCUUCACUUUCGCAGCUUUAGUGUGUGCACAGGGAUGGCUUGGGAUGAUUUGGCAGGCAGUGUGAGACCAGAUGUUCCAAAGUGGCCUGCUGGCUCCCGGCUUUCUCUUAGCUGGUGCCUUUUUUCCUUUUGCCUGGCAACACAAGCUCAGAGGCCUUAGUAUCUGCCUUAAGGUCAUGGAUCACUCUGCUGGAAAGUUCACUCUGCGUUAGGUGCUAGUUCACUUGGCUGUUUGGCCGCCACACCAUCCCUGUUCCCUUUACACAGGUACAUCCACGAUCGGUCUUCCUUACACGUGACACUCAUGUAGAACACUUAGAUUUAGCACAACUUUACUGGUUUGAUUAACUGAUUUAUACUCCUUUCCAGCCGAGUUCUUGUUGAUUAGUCUAGAUACAUGGUUUCACAUUCAGUAUCUUUAGAAGAUAUGCAUUCUAAAUUUACAUUUAGAUCUUCGAGUUCAUGAAAUAGAGCACCUUGAUCCUUCAUCACAGGAAGUUUUGGCAUAGAGUAUAAAUUUGUUAGUUUAGUAUGUGAUUCUUCGGUGUCCCUCUCUUUCUUCGGCCUUUGUGGAGCUGAUAAUUUCCAAGAAUUCAUGCUGCACCGUUGUUAUAAUCCCACCGAUAGUGAUCUGUUGUGUGUGUGUGUGCAUGCCUUUUGCCAAAAAGAGAAGAAAAAAAAACACGACAUGGUUAAUCUCUCUCUCGCAAUCACGUAAAAUUAACCAAGGUUUUUCUUUUUAUCAAAUAAGAUUACAUACUCUCUGUGACAUGUUUUUAGGCUAAAGUGUGCAUGUGUGUGUAUGAAAUAGUGUUCUCUCCUAAACUUAUCAUUUACACAGUGUUGGUCAAACCAUCAGAGACCCCUUUUGAAUUUACAGCCCGUCACGUCGGAUGAGACAUGCCUGUACUUCUCUUCAUUAUAUCUGUACGAUCAGCUCUUUCAUAAACCAGUAUAUUCACAUGUGAUGGUACAUUUACUCUCUCUGUCUCACUCAUUCUUAUCAAUUUUGAAAAAAAAAAAAAAAAGUGCACUCUAAAUACUGUGACAAGCAUCUAUCUGGUGCCUUCCUCUUCUGUAGGUUUCUAGAUGGCCGAAGCCAUGCUUCUUAUAGGUCUCUAACAUCAAGGCACUCAAUUUUUGCACUUGCCUUGUUUUUCAUUUUUUGUACACUUAAUAAAGAAUGUGCUUGGCUCUGACAA